UUGUUGAAUUGUGGAAUCGCCAUAGUAUCAGCAUGGCGCUGGAGGUGCUCGUCACUGCUUUGGCCUGCCUCAGCACCACCACGAUGCCAGAGAAGGCUACGCCAUCCUCUGUGAUAAUGCGGAACUCGGUGGAGCCUUUCCUAAUCGAUGUGAAUGACACUGCCUGUCCCGUCAGCACCUUGGGCGGCUUGGCAGCACGCAUCCAGUUUAUGACGGACGAGCUGCAGACACUCAAAACGGAGCUAAGCAAUCUACAGCAGCUGAUCGAUGAAUACAGGAUCCAGACGCCGGGGGAGGCCAUUGGUACCCGACUCCAUCCAGUCCCAUCCAUUGUCCAGGCCUUGCCAGCCGUGCCCAGCGAUGAUACGCCCCGGAAUUGCUGGGGCCAGAAGCACGGCCAAGUGCUCAUCCGGGUGGCCAGAGAUUUGGAGCCCUUCUUCGUGAGCUGUGACCAGGAAGUACGCGACGGGGGCUGGCUAGUGAUCGCCUACAGGUUUGAUGGCAGCGAGAAAUUUGACCGCGACUGGCAGAACUACAAGGCCGGCUUUGGGUACCUCAACUCGGAGUUUUUCAUCGGGCUGGACAAGCUGAACCGGCUGACCAACAGCGAUCGCCACGAGCUGCUCGUGCUAAUGCGCAGCAAGACGCGUGAGGAGCGCUUCGCCAUCUAUGAUCUCUUCAGCAUUGGCAACGAGGCCGAGAAGUAUCUGCUUAACGUUCUGGGGACCUACAAGGGCGAUGCCGGCGACUCCCUGCGCUACCAUGCGGGCAAGAAGUUCACCACCUACGACCAGGACAACGACGACAAUGCACAGAACUGCGCUAGGAUCCAUGCGGGCGCAUGGUGGUAUGGUCGCGAGUGCAUCGAGAGCAACCUCUUUGGCACCUUCCAGCCAAAGUUUGGCCAGGAGAUUGGCUACUUCAAGGGCAUACUGUGGAAAACCUUUUUGCCGGGGCCUACAGGCUCCCUCAGCUACGUUCGCAUGCUCAUCCGGCCCAAAAAUAAGACAUCGUAGACAGAUGCUAUAUCCUAUAUCCUAGAUCAUAGAUCCUAUACAAAUAAAUAGUUGUUUCGAGAA